AUGGACAGCCUGGCCCACGUUGAGCGCAUUCAGUGCACGGCAGAGUUCCCAGUGACCCAGCGGCUGCACGUGCCGACGAUGGAGGAGUACCGCCGCCAGUACGACCUCUCCAUUAAGCGGCCCGGCAAGUUCUGGGCCGAGGUGGCCGCCGACUUCACCUGGCAGUCGCCGCUGCCCGCAGACGAGUCCGCCAUUCUCAGCUACAACUUCGACCUCAACGACGGCCCCAUCGAGGUGCAGUUUCUGAAGGGCGUCAAGACGAACAUCAGCUACAACCUGCUGGAUCGGAUCAUCGCCAGGGGCAGCGGCGAGCGGAUCGCCUACUUCUGGGAGGGCAACGAGUUGGGUGAGCAGAAGUCAAUCACCUACUCGGAGCUGCGCCUCGAGGUGGUCCGCUUCGCAAACGCCCUCAAGCGACAGGGCGUGACGCCCGGCGACCGCGUCGCCAUCUACCUGCCCGUCACCAUUGAGCUGGUGGUGGCGAUGCUCGCCUGCGCCCGCAUCGGCGCCAUCCACACCGUCGUCUUCGCCGGUUUCAGCUCUCAGUCGCUGGCGGACCGCAUGGUGGACGCCCGUUGCACGGUGCUGGUCACCGCCGACGCCGCCUUCCGCGGCGAAAAGUUCCUCCACAUUCAGACCAUAAUCGACGAGGCGGUGGCGGUCGUCCUCCGACGCGCCCUCCCCCUGAAGGCCAUCAUCCUGGUGCGCCACUUUGCCGCCUCGGCCAAUCGCAACAAGGCCGCCUACGAGGCGACUAUGGCCGCCUACCAGUCCCCUCACCAGGCGCUCUACCUGCCCUGGGACGAGGUGGUGCGCACCGACGGCUCCGACGACGAGUGCGAGCCGGAGUGGCUCGACGCGGAGCACCCCCUCUUCAUCCUCUACACCUCGGGCAGCACCGGCAAGCCGAAGGGAGUGGUGCACACCGUCGGCGGGUACAUGCUCACCACGGCCCUCGUCUUCAAGCACGCCUUCAACUACGUCGAGGGGGACAUCUUCUUCUGCACGGCCGACCUCGGCUGGAUCACCGGCCACACCGCCAACGUCUACGGAGCGCUCGCCAACGGCGCCACCAGUAUUCUCUUCGAAGGCAUUCCCAACUACCCCAAGCCGGACCGCCUCUGGGCGAUCAUCGACGGCUACCGGGCGAACAUCUUCUACACGGCGCCCACCGCCGUCCGCUCGCUGAUGAAGUACGACGAGAAGUACGUCCUGGCGCACCCGAUGAAGGAGCUGAAGCUGCUGGCGCUGGUCGGCGAGCCCAUCAACAAGGAGGCCUGGUUCUGGUUCUUUCGCACCGUCGGCAAGGAACGCUGUCCCAUUGUGGACACUUACUUUCAAACGGAAACGGGCGCUCCGAUGAUUUUCCCCGUUCCUGGACCGGUGGCGCUGAAACCCGGCUCGGCCACGUUGCCCUUCUUUGGCAUUUUGCCGGUGAUUCUCGAUGAAAAUGGCAAAGAAAUCUACGGUUCAGACUCGGGAUUUUUGGCUUUUAAGCAAGCCUGGCCAGGCAUUGCUCGCACUGUCGACGGCAACCACGAACGCUUUGAGCAGACGUACUUUGCCAAGUUUCCCAAGUACUACUUCACUGGUGAUGCGGCUUUCCGCGACUCCGACGGGUACUACUGGAUCACCGGUCGCACCGACGACCUGCUGAACGUCUCCGGCCAUCUGCUGUCCACCGCCGAAGUCGAGUCUGCCCUGUUGAAUGACAAGCGAAUCUCCGAGGUGGCGGCCGUGUCGAUGCCGCACGCCAUCAAGGGCCAGUGUAUCUGCGUGUACGUGGUCACCAAGAAUGGCUACAUCUACGAUGACGAGGUGGAGAAAGACCUGCGAAAUCUCAUUCGCAAAACCAUCGGACCAGUGGCCACGCCUGAUCUCAUGUUGGCCGUUCGAGGCCUGCCAAAGACUCGCUCCGGAAAGAUAAUGCGUCGAGUGCUGGGAAAGAUUGCACGCGGUGAACAGGACUUUGGUGACAUCUCCACCAUCACCGAUGAAACCAUCAUUGAUCACCUGAUCGAGGCUCGAAUGGCCAAAUCUGACUAG